AAAAAAAACAGCGGCUACACACUCACAGCAGUGGUACCGUUAUUCACUUUUUGCACACUACCCCGUCAUGACAGUGCCAAGAGCUAAUGGCUUUGAACUAUGGAAACAGGCGCGGACACAGUAACCUACUGGACGGGUAACCUGACUGGAACAUGCUCUGAAUUGGGUAUUGCCAAUUAACUUUCUGAGCAGCAGGCAGAAAAUCUCUACAAUGAAGGUUGACAGAAGCAAGUUAAAGAAAACACCUACAGAAGCUCCAGCUGACUGCAGGAUCCUUAUAGAGAAGCUAAAAGCAUGUCAUGAUGAGCAGCUUCUGGUUGAACUGCAGCAAAUCAAGACUUGGAACAUUGGCAAGUGUGAGCUUUACCAUUGGGUGGAUCUGCUGGAUCGCUUUGAUGGCAUUCUUUGCGAUGCAGGCCAGACAGUGGAGAAUAUGUCAUGGCUGCUGGUGUGUGACCGUCCAGACAAUGGACAGCUCAAAGCUUUGCUUUUGGCAGUGCUCAACUUCACAGCUCUGCUCAUUGAGUAUAGCUUUUCUAGGCAUCUCUACAGUUCCAUAGAGCACUUAACCACCUUGUUAGCAUCAUGCGACAUGCAAGUGGUCCUGUCUGUGCUGAACCUACUGUACGUGUUCAGCAAACGCUCCAAUUAUAUCACAAGGCUUGGAUCUGAUAAAAGAACACCUCUCCUGGCUCGUCUACAACACCUGGCUGAGAGUUGGGGUGGGAAGGAAAAUGGCUUUGGUCUGGCUGAAUGCUGCAGGGAUUUGACCAUGACGAAGUAUCCUCCAAGUGCCACCACUCUGCACUUUGAGUUUUAUGCUGAACCAGGCCCAGAGGUCAAAGUGGACAGAAAGACAUGUAGUAACACACUACACUAUAUUCACAUCGAGCAGCUUGACAAGAUCUCAGAAAGCCCAUCUGAAAUCAUGGAGUCGCUGACCGUAAUGUACAACAUCCCUAAAGACAAGCAAACCCUUCUGUUCACGCACAUUCGUCUGGCCCAUGGCUUCUCAAAUCACAAAAAAAGGUUGCAAGCAGUGCAGGCCCGACUACAUGCCAUCUCUAUUCUGGUGUAUUCAAAUGCUCUGCAAGAGUCUGCCAACAGUAUUCUGUAUAAUGGCUUGAUAGAGGAGCUGGUGGAUGUCUUGCAGAUCACAGACAAACAGCUUGUGGACAUCAAAGCAGCAUCUCUGCGCACAUUGACAUCAAUAGUCCACCUGGAAAGGACACCCAAGCUUUCAAACAUUAUCGACUGCACUGGCACAGCAUCCUAUCACGGCUUCUUGCCUGUAUUGGUGCGCAACUGCAUACAAGCAAUGAUUGAUCCUUCUAUGGAACCCUACCCACACCAAUUUGCCACAGCGCUCUUCUCUUUCCUAUACCACCUGGCUAGCUAUGAUGCUGGAGGGGAAGCCCUUGUUUCCUGUGGUAUGAUGGAAGCCCUUCUAAAGGUGAUCAAGUUCUUAGGCGAUGAGCAGGACCAGAUCACUUUUGUGACACGAGCAGUGCGGGUUGUGGACCUCAUCACCAAUCUCGACAUGGCUGCCUUUCAGUCCCACAGCGGCCUUUCUAUUUUCAUUUGCAGACUAGAGCACGAGGUGGAUUUGUCGCGGAAAGAGUGCCCUUUUGUCAUCAAGCCAAAGAUACAGAGGCCGAGUGCAACUGUGGAGUCUGAGGAUAUGGACACAGACAUGGAGAUGUCAGAAGUUGCCAUGGAAAGUAGCCCUGGACCAUCAACAUCUACUGGUUCUAGGCCAGAGGUCGACCACCGAGCGCAGAGCAGUUCUAACACGCCUCGUACAGGCAUGCAGUGUAUCCCCCAGAGGGCUGCUCUUUUGAAGUCGAUGCUGAAUUUCUUAAAGAAAGCCAUCCAAGAUCCUGCCUUUUCUGAUGGCAUUCGUCAUGUAAUGGACGGCUCCUUGCCUACCUCACUUAAACACAUCAUCAGUAAUGCGGAGUACUAUGGCCCGUCACUGUUUCUCUUGGCGACAGAGGUGGUGACGGUUUUUGUGUUCCAGGAGCCAUCCCUGCUCUCCUCUCUGCAGGAUAAUGGUCUCACUGACGUCAUGCUGCAUGCCCUUCUUAUCAAAGACGUUCCUGCUACCCGUGAGGUGCUGGGUUCUCUCCCUAAUGUGUUCAGUGCUCUCUGCCUGAAUGCCAGAGGUCUGCACUCUUUUGUUCAGUGCCAGCCUUUUGAGCGCCUCUUCAAAGUGCUUUUGUCCCCAGACUACCUGCCUGCCAUGCGACGGCGGCGUAGCUCUGACCCUUUGGGUGACACUGCAUCUAACCUGGGCAGUGCUGUGGAUGAGCUCAUGAGGCACCAGCCCACUUUAAAGACCGAUGCCACCACUGCCAUUAUUAAGUUGCUGGAGGAGAUCUGCAACUUGGGUCGAGCCCCUGAGUACAUCUGUCAGAAACCAUCUAUCCAAAAAGCAGAUGGCACUGUGGCGGUGCCACCUGCACGCUCCAGUCAUGCUGCUGAGGAAGCAUCUAGUGAAGAUGAGGAGGAAGAAGAGGCCCUCCACACAUUCAGCCAACAGCAGGGGGAGCCAGAGAGCAACAGACAGUCAGUGCCACUUGAACUGGUUGUAGGGACUGAAGAACGGAUACCCAUUCCUCUUAUGGACUAUAUUCUUAAUGUGAUGAAGUUUGUGGAAUCCAUACUGAGCAACAACACCACAGAUGACCAUUGUCAAGAGUUUGUCAACCAGAAAGGGUUGCUGCCUUUAGUCUCCAUUUUGGGCCUUCCCAACUUGCCCAUAGAUUUUCCGACCUCUGCAGCCUGCCAAGCUGUGGCUGGUGUCUGCAAGUCUAUAUUGACUCUCUCACAUGAGCCGAAGGUCCUCCAGGAGGGCUUGUGCCAACUGGACAGUAUUCUGACAUCUCUAGAGCCACUUCAUCGUCCAAUAGAGAUGCCUGGUGGGUCUGUGCUUCUGAGAGAAUUGGCUAACGCAGGCCAUGUUACUGAUGCCACAUUGUCAGCACGGGCUACACCACUCCUGCACGCCCUAACCGCAGCCCACGCCUACAUCCUAAUGUUUGUCCACACAUGCAGAGUUGGACAGAGUGAAAUCCGAGCAAUCUCAGUGAACCAGUGGGGCUCCCAGCUGGGGUUAAGUGUACUGAACAAGCUGAGUCAGCUCUACUGCUCCUUGGUUUGGGAAAGCACUGUUCUGUUGUCCCUUUGCACUCCAAAUAGCCUGCCUCCAGGAUGUGAGUUUGGCCAGGCUGACAUGCAGAAACUGGUGCCCAAAGAGGAGAAGCCAUCCGGUAUGACAACAACAACAACAACAACAGCAGCAGCAGCCUCAGGAUCCAGGAGAACUGAAACAGACGCUGUGUCUGUAGAUUCAGCUGCCGGUGGUCUACUGGAGGGCAUGUGUCUAGAUGGAGACACCCUGGCUCCUAUGGAGACUGAUGAACCCUCUGCCACAGAUCCAAAGUCAAAGUCCAAACUUACUCCAGCCAUGGCCACUCGCAUCAAACAAAUCAAACCUCUGCUCUCUGCAUCAUCCAGGUUAGGCAGGGCUCUGGCUGAACUCUUCGGCCUGUUGGUGAAACUGUGUGUAGGCUCCCCGGUGCGUCAGAGACGUUCCCACCAUGCCACAAGUACAGGCACCACUCCUACGCCUGCAGCACGAGCAACUGCCUCAGCCCUCACCAAGCUUCUCACCAAAGGCCUGAGCUGGCUGCCCCCUCCAUACACGCCCACACCACGGUUCAGGCUGACCUUCUUCAUCUGCUCCGUGGGUUUCACGUCUCCAAUGCUGUUUGAUGAAAGGAAAUACCCCUACCAUCUCAUGCUGCAAAAGUUCUUUUGCUCUGGAGGACAUGAUGCUUUAUUUGAGACAUUUAACUGGGCCCUGUCAAUGGGUGGGAAAGUCCCUGUGGCCGAGGGGUUGGAACAUGCAGAUCUUCCAGAUGGGACGGGGGAGUUCCUGGAUGCCUGGUUGAUGCUGGUGGAGAAGAUGGUUAAUCCAAGUACUGUGUUGGACUCGCCCCACUCCCUGCCUGCUAAAAUGCCUGGAAUCACUCCCACUAUGCCCCAGUUUAGUGCCCUUCGCUUCCUCAUAGUCACCCAGAAGGCUGCAUUCAGCUGUAUCCGCAGUCUGUGGAAUAGGAAGCCUCUAAAGGUGUAUGGAGGCAGAAUGGCUGAAUCUAUGCUGGCCAUUCUUUGCCACAUACUGAGAGGGGAGCCUGUGAUCCAGGAGCGUCUGGCUAAGGAAAGAGAGGGAACGACUCGCCCAGAUGAAGAAGGGACAUCUAGUAGCUCUUUGGCACCCAGUGUGGCUCCAGGAGGCUCCUCAACAACAGCAGAAACAUCAGUAGCUAGUGGAACAACGUCUGGAGCUCCAGCUGUAGGAUCAGCUGAUGAUUCCACUAAUUCCACUCCCCGACAUGAGCCUCAAGUCAAUCAGGCUCAACUAACACAGCUCAUGGACAUGGGUUUUUCAAGAGAGCAUGCCAUGGAGGCUCUACUCAACACCAGCACUAUGGAGCAAGCCACAGAGUAUCUGCUAACCCAUCCUCCUCCACUUCUUGGUGGAGCGGUGAGGGAUUUGACCAUGUCUGAGGAGGAUCAGAUGAUGAGGGCCAUUGCCAUGUCACUUGGGCAAGAGGUCAGCAUGGAGCAGCGUUCUGACUCCCCUGAGGAAGCGGCACGCAGGCGAGAGGAGGAGGACAGGCGAGCAAGGGAACGUGCAGAGGAAGAGGAGGCACGCUGUUUGGAGCGCUUCAUGGAAGCAGAGCCUCUGGACCCACAGGAGCUUCACACCUUCACCGACUCCAUGCUUCCUGGUUGCUUCCAUCUUUUGGAUGAGUUGCCUGACACAGUUUACCGACUCUGUGACCUCCUGAUGACUGCAAUCAAGCGGAGUGGACCCGAAUACAGAGACCUCAUUCUAGGUCAAGUAGUGCACCAGGUGUGGGAGGCUGCAGAUGUGCUUAUCAAGGCUGCUGAACCACUGACGACUAGUGACACAAAGACCGUGUCUGAGUGGACGCGGCAGAUGGCAACACUCCCCCAGGCCUCGAAGCUGGCAACACGAAUUCUCCUGCUCACGUUGCUCUUUGAGGUGCCAGAAUUGAAGGAACUGAAAUUGUUAGGAGCCAGAGUGGUGGAAAAAAGCGGCAUUCUUGAUUUGCUGAUCAAACUCCUUGAGGUUGUGCAGCCCUGUCUGCAAGCAGCUAAAGAGCACAAAGAGAUUCAGACACCCAAAUGGAUUACGCCAGUGCUGCUGCUUAUCGAUUUUUAUGAGAAGAUGGCAGUAUCCUCAAAACGAAGGGAGCAAAUGAACAAGUAUCUGCAGCCCAAUGGAAAUAACUGGCGAUGGUUUGAUGAUCGCUCAGGACGUUGGUGCAGUUACAGUGCAUCCAACAACAGCACCAUCGACUCUGCAUGGAGGGCUGGUGAGAGCAGUGUCCGCUUCACAGCUGGGCGGCGGAGAUACACUGUGCAGUUUAACACUAUGGUGCAGGUAAAUGAAGAGACUGGUAAUAGAAGGCCAGUGAUGUUGACUGUCCAGAAAGUGCCUCGCAUUACCAAGCCGUCCAAGACUGGUAAUGUUCCAGAUUCUGAGAGAGAGGAGGGUGACAAGCCCAAAGUGGAGGAAAGCCAAACCAAUGUAGACUCAGGAGUGGCUGUGGAGAUGAGUGCUCCUAAAGAGGACUCCAGCCAGCUGAAGGAGACGCCACCUCUGGAGUCGGACUAUGCUCAGGGAACUGACAUUGUUGUUAAAGGCCUGUCUGAUGAUAUGACCACUGUUCUUAUCCGGGCCUGUGUGAGCAUGAUCAGCGUUCCUGUUGACCCUGACACCCUUCAUGCCACUCUUCGUCUCUGUUUGCGCCUCACACGUAACCAUCACUAUGCAAUGAUGUUUGCUGAGCUAAAGAGUACGCGGAUGAUUCUGGGACUGACGCAGGGUUCCGGCUUCAAUGGCUUCACUCCGCUGGUGACUCUGCUGUUCAGGCACAUCAUAGAAGAUCCGGCUACGCUGCGGCACACCAUGGAGAAGGUGGUGAGGUCAGCUGUGACCAGUGGCGCAGGUAGCACCACAUCAGGUGUGGUUUCUGGCAGCCUAGGUUCCAGAGAAAUCAAUUACAUCCUCCGUGUCCUUGGCCCCGCUGCUUGUCGUAACCCUGAAUGCUUCAUUGAAACAGCCAGUAACUGCAUCCGUAUUGCUCUUCCUGCACCCCGUGGAGCUGGGACCACAUCUGAUGAUGAAUUUGAGAACCUUCGAAUUAAGGGACCUAAUGCUGUGCAGCUAGUGAAGACCACUCCUCUGAAGCUGUCUCCUUUGCCCCCUAUCCCUGAUACAAUCAAGGAAGUCAUCUAUGACAUGCUCAACGCCUUGGCCGCCUACCACGCUCCUGAAGAACCCGAGCGUCCAGAGGAACGUGCUGCAGCUGCACCUAGCACCCAAGAUCUUUGCCAGAUUUUACAGGAUGUGGGGGAUGAUGUUUACCAGCAGUACCGGCUUACCCGACAGGGGAGUGACUUUGACUCCCAAUCAGCAUUCCAUAUCAAUGCGCAAGUCUUUGCUGCUGACGGUGGUGCAGCAGAGUCUUCUCAGUCUGGGACCCCACAAGGUGAAGCCUCCACCCCAGAGGAAAUGCGGGAGGAAAAGAAGGAACAGGAAGGUGAGAAAGGUGUCAACUCGGAUGAGAGCAAAGCUGCUAAAGUAAAGGCAAGCAAGCCUCUCAUGCCAACCUCUACCAUCCUGAGACUGCUAGCUGAACUUGUGCGCUCCUAUGUGGGCAUCGCCACUCUAAUCGCCUCUUACUCGUACACCGCUGGACAAUCUGAGCUCAUAAAGGAGGAUUGCAGUGUUCUAGCUUUUGUGCUCGACCAUUUACUGCCUCACACACAGAAUUCAGAGGACAAAGACACCCCAGCAUUGGCACGCCUCUUUCUGGCCAGCUUAGCAGCGGCUGGGACAGGCACUGAUGCCCAGGUGGCCUUGGUGAAUGAAGUAAAAGCUGCUCUUAGUAGAGCGCUAGCAAUGACAGAAGGUGCUGAAAAACAUGCCAGGCUCCAGGCAGUCAUGUGCAUCAUCAGCACCAUCAUGGAGUCCUGUCCCUCCACAUCCACUUUCUACAGCACAGCAGCUGCCAAGACUCAACAUAAUGGCAUGAACAACAUUAUAAGACUCUUUCUCAAGAAAGGACUGGUCAAUGACUUGGCACGUGUGCCUCACAGCUUGGAUUUGUCCAGUCCUAACAUGGCCAACACGGUGAAUGCGGCUCUAAAACCUCUGGAGACUCUGUCACGCAUUGUUAACCAACCCAGCAGUCUAUUUGGAGGCAAAGGUGGAUCCAGCAAGAGCAAGACGGAACAUGAGACUGCUGGCACAACCAGGGAUAGCAAUAGCAACACGCAAGACCAAGGAGAGUCUGGAGAAACGGAACCAGUGGAUGGCAGCCACAGGGUUCAGGGAGCAGACGCUGACCUCAUGGAUGGAGAAACAGAAGGGGACACGGUGGUCAUUGCCGGGCAACCAGAGGUUCUGAGUACACAAGCCAUGCAGGUUGAGAAUGAGUUGGUGGACCUUAUUGAUGAGCUGCUGGAGAGAGAUGUCAGUACUGCAAACAGUACAAUUAUAGUUGGCCGUAGUGGUGGGGACGAAUCACAAGAGGAUGUGCUGAUGGAUGAGGUCCCAUCUAAUAUUAGCCAGGCAUCUACACUUCAGGCUAACCGUGAAGACUCCAUGAACAUCCUCGAACCGGAGGAUGAGGAGCAUACACAAGAGGAGGACUCGAGUGGCAGUAAUGAUGAUGAGGACAGUCAGGAUGAGGAAGAAGAGGAGGAGGAAGAAGAGGAGGAGGACCAGGAUGAUGAAGAAGGAGAUGAAGAUGAUGAUGACGAAGGCUCUGAAAUGGAGCUGGAUGAAGAUUUCCCUGAUAUCAACGCUGCACCCCACAUCCGCUUCGAAAGGUUUGACAGGGAUGAUGACCUCAUCAUAGAGUUCGACAACAUGUUUUCCAACAACGCUGACAUCCCUUCCUCCCCAGGGAACAUCCCCAGUUCCCAUCCUCUAAUGGUGCGCCAUGCUGAUCACGGUUCACUCACCUUAGGCGUGGGCAGUUCCAGCAGCCGCCUGGCACAGGGCAUGGGUCGCAGCCAGCGGACACUCCGUCAACUCACUGCCAACAGCGGGCACACCAUCCAUGUCCACUACCCUCAUAACCGGCAGCCCAAUCCUCCACUCAUUUUGCAAAGAUUGCUGGGCCCAAGUGCUGCAGCAGACAUUUUACAGCUGUCCAGCUCUCUGCCUCUGCAGUCCCGUGGUCGUGCCCGGCUUCUGGUUGGAAAUGAGGAUGUCCACAUUAUUGCUCGUUCUGAUGACGAAUUGCUGGAUGAUUUCUUUCAUGAGCAAAGCAGCACAGGUGGACAAGCGGGUACUCUGUCGAGUAUUCCCACUGCCUUAACGAGAUGGACAGACGAGUGCAAAGUGCUGGAUGCUGAGAGUAUGCACGACUGUGUAGCAGUGGUUAAAGUUCCGAUACUGCAGCAUCUGGAGAGUCUAAGAGAUGAGGAACUGGAAGAACGCAGGGAGAAGAGAAGAAGGCAGCUGGCUGAGGAGGAGGAGUCAAAACAGAAUGAAAGGAGGGCAUCUGGAGCAGAGCAAGUGAGGGAACAGAACCUACAGGGUUCUGGAUUGGGAACAGUUAAUGGUGCAGAGAACACUGCAGAAGGUGAGCAGGCUCAGGAGGGUCAGAUGGCAUGCCUGGACGCACCCAGGGUCUCAGAGGGCUUCCUCACCGCUCCCCCAUCUGGAGAGGUCACUCCCACCACCCCUGCUCCACACGAACAGGCCCUGGUCUCCCUGGAGACCGCCAUUAGUCAGCAAGUCCACCAGCCAAUUGCUGACCUGCUCAUGGCGGAAUCGCAUGCCAGCUCACUGGCUGCUCUGGCUGGGGCGGGCCUACCCACCCUGUCAGAAACCCAGAGACCAAACACGGAAGCAGAAGCAUCCCAGAUGGAAAUGUCCCCGGCUCCCACAACUGGUGAGAGAGUUGGAGGAGGUGGUGGAGGAGGAGCAUUGGAUGAAGUCAGGGAAGCCUCCCUAAGCCCGGAUAUUGUAGAAAACACUGAGCCUGCAGCGGCUGGUGUGUCUCAGUUGGAAGGAUCCCCCAUGGAUACCAGCAGCCCUGCAUCUGCUACUCAGGAAGAAGCUGCUCCCAAUCCUCCUCAGACCACCCAGCUGUCCCAGGAGCUGUCUGGCAGCAGGGAGAGUGGGCUGACUGACAGGCAGACUGAUGCCGAGACUGGGUCCACAUCUGUUUCAUCUCCCGGAGAGACGAUGCCUCGGAGCGACAGCGCUGAUAGCCAGUCCCAGGCCAUCCAGGAGGAGCCUCUUCCAUCCACCAGCAAUGAGGACGAGGAUCCGCUUGCUGGUAUAAGUUUGCCAGAGGGUGUGGAUCCAUCUUUUCUUGCAGCUCUUCCAGAAGACAUCCGCAGAGAGGUUCUUCAAAAUCAGCUUGGUAUCAGACCACCUUCACGUCCUCCCGCUACCACAACCUUGCCCUCCUCUAAUGCGCCUGUGCUUAGUGGACCAGGGGUUACAGAGGUCAGCCCUGAGUUCCUGGCGGCUUUGCCACCUACUAUUCAGGAGGAGGUUCUUGCCCAGCAAAGAGCUGAGCAGCAGAGAAGAGAGCUAGCGCAGCAGCCUCCAACGGGAGACACUCCCCUGGAUCCAGUCACUUUCAUCCAGACAUUACCAUCAGAGCUGCGGCGUAGUGUUCUUGAAGACAUGGAAGAUAGCGUGUUGGCUGUCAUGCCUCCAGACAUUGCUGCUGAGGCAGCUGCAUUGCGGAGAGAGCAAGAGGCCCGUCAGAGACAGCUAAUGCACGAGAGGUUGUUCGGCCAUAGCUCAUCUUCUGCACUUUCAGCCAUCCUGCGCUCGCCUGCCUUUACCAGCCGGUUAGGAAGUAACCGAGGGGUCCAAUACACCCGACUGGCUGUCCAGAGAGGAGGACCGUUUCAGAUGGGUGGAGGAACAAACCAUAGACCAUCCAGCUCCAGUGUAGACUCAUUGUUGCGUCUCCGUGGACGACUACUACUGGACCACGAGGCGUUGUCCUGCCUGUUGGUUUUGCUGUUUGUGGACGAACCGAAACUCAACACCAGUCGUCUGCACCGUGUGCUCAGGAACCUCUGCUACCACUCUCAGACUCGCGGGUGGGUCAUUCGCAGCCUGUUGUCCAUACUCCAACGCAGCAGUGAGAGCGAGGUCUGUGUGGAGACGUCACGUCUAGAAGAUUGCAGGGGGAAACGAGGCAGCCAGGGGGGAUGUGGAGGAAAAGGUUCAGCCGCCUCUUCCCUCUCCUCCUCAUCGUCGUCAUCCUUAGAGCUGCUAAACAGGGUGGAGUCACGAAGCUCCAGCCAGCUGUCUUGGCUCUCAGUCUCUAUGGAUGCUGCUUUGGGCUGCCGGACAAACAUUUUUCAAAUCCAGCGAGCGUCGGGUAGGAAACAUGCUGAUCGGCACGCAGCUGGCAGCUCCACAGGAUCUGGAACACUAGGAGUAUCGGGUGGAGCGACAGGAGUCACGUGUGCUGGAGGCGGAGGCUCCACAGUUCACAUCCACCCACAGGCUGCCCCAGUGGUCUGCCGUCAUGUCUUGGACACACUUAUCCAGCUAGCUAAGGUUUUCCCAAGUCACUUCACCCAGCAGCGAUGCAAGGAUGUGUCAGCAGCUGCUUCUGAGUUGGAUUCCCGUCUUUGUUCAGGGUCCUCUGGAGGGGGAACUGGAGUUGGAAGCUCUAGAUCAGGGUCCAACCCUAAUACUCAGAACUCCUUGGGCUCCUCUGUAGCUACUCCUCAGUCUUUAGGAAUCUCAACAGAUUUCUGGGAUCUGCUUGUCAAACUCGACAACAUGAACGUCAGCCGCAAGGGAAAAGCCUCUAUGAAGACUGUGCCCCUUGGUGGCGGAGCAGAGGCUGAGGGAGCACAGUUCAGCUUAGAGACAUCCCCCCUUGGCCAACUGAUGAACAUGCUAUCUCAUCCUGUAAUCAGGCGAAGCUCCUUGCUCACUGAAAAACUGCUCCGCCUUCUCUCCCUCAUAUCUAUUGCCCUGCCGGACAACAAGGCAACAGAGGUGCCUGCUGGACACCCGACCCCACAGGCUGCCAACCCUAACGCGGCUAGUUCAGGGCCCACAGUGUCGAUCACAACACAGGGUGCAGCUUUGAUGGUCUCUGCCCAGCCCACUGUGACGAUACCGGGGGCCUCUGGAGGAGCUGCAACCCAGAGUACUGCCUCAGGAACAAACAUAACGGUCUCACAGGCUUCUUCUACUACGAUCUCAAUACCCACGUCCACUGGAAUAACCUCAGCAGGAAAACAGAGGGGUCAAAUUUUAAGUACGGAGAUCGACAAGAUGGUGUCUACGGGACUCACUGAGAAACAGCUUCAACUUUCUGUGGAGGUGCUGACAUCUCACUCAUGUUCAGAGGAGGGUCUAGAGGAUGCUGCUAACAUUCUGCUGCAGUUAUCUAGAGGCGACGGCUCCACCAGAGACACAGUGCUCAGGCUACUGCUUAGCGGAGCCAGGCAUCUUGGAUACACGCUAUGCAAGCAGAUUGGCACAUUGCUGGCAGAACUUAGAGAGUACAAUUUAGAGCAGCAGAGGCAGGCACAGGCUGACUCCCAUUCUCCAGAUGGACCUCCAGAGGAUCCCUCCCUAUCUGCCAGGUUGAAGGGCAAGAUGACCAGCAGGUUUGACGGGUCAGAGAGUGUGGUGAUUGUGGCUGCACAAAAGCGCACACUUGGGGGGCGUGAGUUGCAGCUUCCAUGCAUGAGCUCGCUGACAUCCAAAACAUCAACACAGAAGUUUUUCCUGCGAGUGCUGCAAGUGAUUAUUCAGCUCCGUGAGGACACACGACGUGCCAACAAAAAAGCCAAACAAACGGGCCGGUUGGGCUCCAGCAGCCUUGGCUCUGCCAGCAGCAUCCAGGCUGCAGUGCGACAGCUUGAAGCUGAGGCCGACGCCAUCAUUCAGAUGGUGAGAGAGGGGCAACGUGCACGUCGGCUCCAACAGGCCCCCCCUCCUACCGCUCCUUCUGCAUCCGCCGCCGGAUCGUCAGUGGCUGCCCCCCAUGCUCCCACUGGUGCUGCUCCCACUACUGGCACGGCUGCUGCUGCCACGUCUGAAGUGCAGUCGGCGCCGGAAGCUCAGUCAGCACAGAGGGAUGAAUCUCCAAUGGAUGUUGACCAACCGUCUCCUCUGGAGCAGGAUGCUGCACCUCUGGAUGAAGAGGGGGCCGCUCAGUCAGAGAGUGAGGAGAAACUUCCAGACCUACCUCUGCUCAGUGAGCAGCUGCUGUUGGAUGAACUGUGGGAUAUGCUUGGGGAGUGUCUGAAAGAGCUGGAGGAGUCUCAUGACCAGCAUGCUGUGCUCGUGCUCCAGCCUGCGGUGGAGGCCUUCUUUCUGGUUCACGCUACAGAGCGAGAGAGCAAACCUCCUGUUAGGGACACGCGAGAGAGCCAGCUUUCACACAUUAAAGAUGAGCCGCCUCCACUCUCCCCGGCUCCCCUAACACCUGCCACUCCUUCAUCCUUGGACCCGUUCUUUUCCAGAGAGCCAUCUUCCAUGCACAUCUCCUCUAACCUCCCACCAGACACCCAGAAAUUCCUCCGCUUUGCUGAAACUCACCGCACAGUACUUAAUCAGAUUCUACGACAGUCAACCACUCACCUGGCUGAUGGGCCUUUUGCAGUAUUAGUUGACUACAUCCGAAUCCUGGACUUCGAUGUAAAGAGAAAGUACUUCCGCCAGGAGCUGGAAAGACUUGAUGAAGGCCUGAGGAAGGAGGACAUGGCUGUGCAUGUGAGACGAGAUCAUGUGUUUGAAGACUCGUACAGGGAACUGCACCGCAAGAGCCCUGAAGAUAUGAAGAACAGACUAUACAUUGUGUUUGAAGGGGAGGAAGGUCAGGAUGCAGGUGGCCUGCUCAGGGAGUGGUACAUGAUUAUUUCCCGGGAGAUGUUUAACCCCAUGUAUGCCCUAUUCCGGACAUCCCCGGGCGACCGCGUCACCUACACCAUAAACCCCUCCUCUCACUGCAACCCCAACCACCUAAGUUACUUCAAGUUUGUGGGUCGCGUUGUGGCCAAGGCGGUGUACGACAACCGGCUGCUGGAAUGCUACUUCACACGCAGCUUCUAUAAACACAUCCUUGGCAAGAGUGUCAGGUACACUGACAUGGAGAGUGAGGACUACCCAUUCUUCCAGGGUUUAGUGUACUUGUUAGAGAAUGACGUGUCCACGCUGGGCUAUGAGCUGACGUUCAGCACAGAGGUUCAAGAGUUUGGUGUGUGUGAAGUAAGAGACCUCAAGCCAAACGGGGCAAACAUUCUUGUCACAGAGGAAAACAAAAAGGAGUAUGUUCAUUUGGUGUGCCAGAUGAAGAUGACAGGUGCAAUCCGCAAACAGCUUGCAGCAUUCCUGGAGGGAUUCUAUGAGAUUAUCCCCAAGAGACUGAUCUCCAUCUUCACAGAGCAGGAGCUGGAACUGCUAAUCUCUGGCCUGCCUACCAUUGACAUCGAUGACCUGAAGGCCAACACUGAAUAUCAUAAAUACCAAUCCAGCUCUAUUCAGAUCCAGUGGUUCUGGAGAGCCUUGCGAUCCUUUGAUCAGGCAGACCGGGCCAAGUUCCUGCAGUUUGUCACAGGCACAUCCAAGGUUCCUCUUCAGGGUUUUGCUGCUCUAGAAGGCAUGAACGGCAUCCAGAAGUUCCAGAUUCACCGUGAUGAUCGAUCAACUGACCGUCUGCCAUCUGCUCAUACCUGCUUUAACCAGCUAGACCUUCCAGCCUAUGAGAGCUAUGAGAAGCUGAGACACAUGCUGCUGUUGGCCAUUCAGGAAUGCUCAGAGGGAUUCGGACUGGCAUAAAACCAUGAGACCCAGAGACAUGCAUACACCUAAUUAGUUUGCCUACUCCUGACACAUUCACACUGAUAACCUCUGAAUGCACGCACACACUAUCAUAGACAUUACUGGAUUUCUCGUUGAAUGGCUUAGUCUUGCUGGUUUCUAUUCCAUAUAAAACAGGUAAAACCAGCAAGUAAAAUAGACUGAUAUUGAGUACAACACAGAGAGCCUCAUUCGGACACGCUUGUGUCUCCCUUCCCAAUUUAUCGCAAAUGCAAGCGAGGAUCCAUGGACUAAUAAGAGAUGUUUUCUUCAUUUAGUUUGAUUUUCCUGUACAAAAGGUUUGGGAGUUUAUGUUCAUUUUUUGUUCUCUGGCUGUGUAAAAAGAAAAAAAAAGAAUGUUGUUUGAAUAGGAUGGUUAUAAAACCUUUGGGGAAAAAAAAUGUUGUUGGUUUCCUGUUGCUAAUUUGUGACAUCACAAGCCUUGACAAUGGGGAACAUUUUUAUGGGUGGGGGUGUAUGAACAACACAAAGUUUUGGAGAUAUUCACCAAAAUGCACUUUUCAAAGUUUUGUGGCAUUUUUAAGGAAGGAUGGUACAAACAAUGAAGAGAAAACCUUAAAGUGAUUUAAAAAACAUUAACCAUAAAAUCUAGAGUAUUUUUGGCUAUUAAACCGCUGACCCAGCCUUGAGCCUUUGAACCAGAGUGGAAUAACUACAUGAAUAAAUGCAUAAA